AUGACGCCACGAUCUGAAGGAACCAUCCGAAAGCUUGUCAAGCAGGUGGCUGAUGGAGAGGAUAUUAUCACUGCGCUUAAAUCAUUGGCCGUCCUCGACAUCCCACUAGCUCUAUCCACUGAUCUCCAGCUCGUAGAUCUCCUCACCCCACUUUCCGGCUCCCCGUUGCUCAAUGGCUCCAUCCAUGAGAUUUUGAAGAAGUUGGAGGGGAAGAAAGGGAAGGAAUCCAAUGGAAAGUCCUCAAUUCUUAAACCGGUUCGAAGAGUCUCCAAGGGAGGAUCUUAUAGGAAGAGAAGAUCCAGUGGGGUUACCAAAAAGAUUCCGGUUGAAAUUGAAGUGAAGAAGGCUGAGGAGAAAAAAGAAGACGUCAAGGAGAACCAGAAGGCGACGACCACCUCCACUCGUCUCUUCAAGAAGAACGAACCGAAGAAGAAGGAAUCGGCGAUUUGGAAGAAGAUUAAGAAGGUUCAGGGAUAA